CUGACAUUACAUAAACCCUCGAACCAAUUCCCCAUCCCCAUCCACAUAUCAAUCAUGGCUCAUAAAUCAUUGAAGGAUACCGCCAAAGACAACCCAACUCAGCUCGGCGAUCAUGUAUCUCUCAAGGCCGAGACCCCAAACACAGAGCCCACUGAGAACGACCGUCCCAACAAGUCGGGCGCUGGCCACAAGUCAUUGAAAGAUCUGGCAAAGGAAAACCCCACCCAACUCGGCGACCCCGUAAGCCUCAAAGCAGAGACCAGUGACACGGAGCCCACCGAGAACGACCGCGGCGCAAGCAAAGCACACCCAGAGAAAUCGGGAAAGUCAAAGUUGUAGAGUGUUAUGCUGGGAAAGACGUGUAAUUCAUGAGGAGCGAAGAGGACGAACUAGUGCUGGGCACCACGUCUUCGCCUGCCCUUUACCCUGCCUUCAUCUUCUACUUCCUCCUCUUCUUUGCCCUUUUGCAGAGGCG